AUGACGUCAACUCAGUUCCACAACAAAUACAUGCUUGGAGAUGAAAUUGGUAAAGGAGCUCAUGCUCGUGUGUACAAAGGAUUAGACUUGAAGAAUGGAGACUUUGUGGCCAUUAAACAAGUCUCAUUAGAGAAUGUUGUUAAAGACGAUGAUCUCAACACUAUUAUGGUUUGUGACUUUUUAUCUAUAGUGCGACCACAUGUGGUCUCGUAUUUUCUCUUUACCAACUUCUAUACUGAUUUGAAUCUUGGUGACGUAACAUGUGAAACGCAGCAAGAAAUUGAUCUCUUGAAGAACUUGAACCAUAAAAACAUUGUCAAGUAUCUUGGGUCAUGGAAGACAAAGACUGACCUUCACAUCAUUCUUGAGUACGUUGAGAAUGGCUCUCUUGCAAACAAUGUUAACCCAAAAAAAUUUGGACCCUUCCCAGAAUCUUUGGUGGCUGUUUACAUUGCUCAGGUCUUGGAAGGUUUAGUGUAUCUGCAUGAGCAGGGUGUCAUACACCGUGAUAUCAAGGGUGCAAAUAUUUUGACCACAAAGGAGGGUCUUGUUAAGCUUGCUGACUUUGGAGUUGCUACUAAACUAAACGAGGCUGAAGUUACCACUCACUCAUCAGUGGUUGGAAGUCCUUAUUGGAUGGCUCCUGAGGUUAUUGAAAUGUCUGGAGCUUGUGCUGCUUCUGACAUUUGGAGUGUUGGAUGCACUGUUAUUGAACUUCUUACAUGUGUACCUCCUUACUUUAAUUUGCAACCCAAUGCAGCUCUUUACCGUAUUGUUCAGGAUAACAACCCUCCUAUUCCUGAUGGUCUUUCUCCAGAUAUUACAGACUUCCUACAACAAUGCUUCAAGAAGGAUUAUAGGCAGAGGCCUGAUGCAAAGACAUUGCUCGCUCACUCUUGGAUACAGAACUCUAGACGGGCAUUGCAGUCCUCACUUCAGAAUAGUGGAACUAUUAAGUGA